AAAGAGAGGGGAGACCCGGCUUUCUCCUUCCCUCCGCUCCUCCUCCUUGAAGUCCAGCCCCUCGCCUGGUCCGGCGAAGAGGCGAGCGAGGAGAAGGAGCCCCUCGCCCUGCCUUGCCUUUGCCUCCUUCCUUCCCUGCUUGCCUUCCCUUCAAGCAGCAGAAACAGCAGCAGCUGCACCAAGGAGCGUUGCCAAAGGCUCCUCUAAGGAAGCCGGAGAUCAAACAGCCCAGCAUUGGAAGGGAAGGGAAAAGGAAGGAGGGAGGCAGGGGGGAAGCGAAGGCAGGCAGGCAUCUCCAGAGAAAGAGACGUAUAAACAAACACAACAAACACUCCGGGAAGUAACUGCCUGAGGGGACUGACUCCAUUCCCUCGCGCUUCCCCUCAACGCAGUGCUAGGCUUCUCUUGGAAGGGACUCUGCAAGGACUUCGCCGGCAUGCCUGCAGCGCCGGGAGGCAUUCUCCCCUUUGAUACAAACCCUGCCUAUUGAAAGCUCGCCUUCUGCAAAGAUCUGCAAAGUUUGGGGUUGUCCUUCCCCGCCGGAGCAGGAAAGCAAAGGCGGGGGCGAGGAGGCACCCCAGGAAAUCCUUCUGGAGGAAUACAUCCAAGGAUACAUCUGGACGGAGUGUGCGUUUCCUGGUUUUCCUGGACGGGACCAAGAUGCUGUCCUACAGCGUCCUGGAUGCUAACGUGGUGGACGUGGAGAAAAGGAGAAGCCCUUCCAAGCAUUAUGUAUAUAUCAUAAAAGUAACAUGGUCCGAUUCAACUUGCCAGACGAUCUACCGCAGAUACAGCAAGUUCUUUGACCUCCAGAUGCAGCUUCUGGAUAAAUUCCCUAUCGAAGGAGGCCAGAAAGAUCCCAAGCAGAGAAUCAUCCCCUUUCUCCCAGGCAAAAUCCUGUUCCGAAGAAGUCAUAUUCGAGAUGUAGCUGUGAAGAGACUAAGGCCCAUUGAUGAUUACUGCAGGGCAUUGGUGAGGCUUCCCCCUCACAUAUCUCAGUGUGAUGAAGUCUUUCAGUUCUUUGAGACCAGACCAGAAGACCUAAAUCCUCCAAAAGAGGAUUAUGGAUCCUCAAAAAGGAAAUCAGUCUGGAUGUCCAGCUUAUCUGAUUCUCCAAAGAAGGCUGUUGCAGGUGCUGACGCUAGCUCUGAACCUAUGAUCCUGGAGCAGUAUGUGGUGGUGUCAAACUAUGAGAAACAGGAGAACUCGGAGAUCAGCCUGCAGGCUGGAGAGGUGGUGGAUGUCAUAGAGAAGAAUGAAAGUGGCUGGUGGUUUGUAAGCACAUCAGAAGAGCAAGGCUGGGUUCCUGCCACAUACUUGGAAUCCCAAAGUGGAGUUAGAGAUGAUUCUGAAAUUAACAUGUCCAAAGGAGGGGAAGUUUCUAAAAGACGCAAGGCUCACCUGAGACGCUUGGACCGACGAUGGACACUGGGAGGGAUGGUCAACAGGCAGCAGAGUCGAGAAGAGAAAUAUGUCACCAUCCAGCCAUACACCAGCCAAGGGAAAGACGAAAUUGGGUUCGAUAAAGGAGUCACCGUGGAGGUCAUUCAAAAGAACUUGGAAGGAUGGUGGUACAUAAGGUAUUUAGGCAAAGAGGGCUGGGCCCCAGCCUCAUAUCUGAAGAAAGCAAAAGAUGAACUUUCAUCCAGGAAAAAAAACUUAACAGGGCCAGUGGAAAUUAUAGGAAACAUCAUGGAAAUUAGCAACUUGUUGAACAAGAAAUCUUCUAGUGACAAAGAAACCCAAUCAGAAAUUGAAACAGCAGAAUCUCACAUCAACAAGAAGGAAAUUAGCUUGCCCAUCUUAUGCAAUGACUCCAAUGGCAACUUCAUGACAACUCAAGACAAACAAGUUUCAAAAUUGGCACAGGGGUCUCCAGCCAUAGCACGGAUUGCGCCACAAAGGGCCCAGAUAAGUUCCCCAAAUCUAAGAACCAGGCCUCCUCCAAGGAGAGAAUCCAGUUUGGGCUUUCAAUUACCGAAACCCCCUGAGCCACCAUCAGUUGAAGUUGAAUAUUAUACUAUUGCCGAGUUUCAGUCUUGUAUCUCAGAUGGGAUCAGUUUCCAUGGAGGACAAAAGGCAGAGGUGAUUGACAAAAAUUCUGGUGGCUGGUGGUAUGUGCAGAUUGGCGAAAAAGAAGGCUGGGCACCAGCAUCAUACAUUGAUAAAAGGAAGAAGCCCAAUUUAAACAGGCGAACCAGUACUUUGACCAGACCCAAAGUUCCUCCCCCUGCACCUCCCAAUAAACCAAAAGAUUGUGAAGAAAUAACAGCUGCUGGAACCAUAGCUUCAGGAAAUACCCAAGAUUCCCCUCAGAAACAACAAUAUGAGGAGCCUGAAUAUGAUGUGCCUGCCUUUGGUGUUGACUCAGAAUCUGAGCUGAGCCAAGGAGAAGAUGGAAGCUUGGAAGGAGGCACAUUCUAUCUAUCCAAGCCUUCUCCUGUAUCAUCCCUCCAAAGGGCAAAAUUCAGAGUUGGAGAGUCUUCUGAGGAUGUGGAUCAUGAAGAAGAGACUAUCUAUGAAAAUGAAGGCUUCCGACCAUACAUAGAAGAUUCUUUGUCAAGCAAAGAAUCUAGUGGAGACUCAGAUUCCCAAAGAAGUUCCUCUCUGUCUCUGAUCCAAAAAGGUUCUUCAUGCUCUGUUUCUCCUAAGUCCUCCCUUCCAAAACCCAAAUCUGAGAAGAGCAUUCAGCCAAAUCUUGGGAAGCCUCACUUUUCCCGGAAUGAAGAGACAAAACCAAGGUCAGCCUCUGAUGCUGGAUUAAGCAUUGUGCCCAAAUCAGGCGUAAAGAAGGACACUGGGGAGACUCUGUCUAGUAGAGCAAAACCAAUAGUGAGACCCAAACCUUUCUUGAACAAAGCAGAUUCUCAAAGCAAGGAAAAGAUGGAUAUCAGCACUUUACGUCACCAGCUGAGACCAACUGGGCAGCUCAGAGGUGGGCUUAAAGGUUCACGAAGUGAAGAAUCUGAAAGCCCACCUCACAGUGCUUCUGGAAAUCUAGACGAGUCCUUCAGAAGAUGUUCUGCAGAUCUCAUUACAUCAUCUUCCCAAGUUAUAGUCUACUCAAGCGAGCCAACCAAAGCAGAGAAUGAAAACAACUCUUCAAAAUUUAUCUAUGUAACUAUUGAUUCCUACCAAAAGGUUCAAGAUUCUGAGAUCAGCUUCCCAGCAGGAGUAAUAGUGGAAGUGCUAGAAAAACAAACAAGUGGCUGGUGGUUUUUGAAAUAUGGAGACAUAGAAGGCUGGGCUCCUUCUCACUAUCUGGUGCCCUCUGAUAACCAGCAUCGAGAAACCAUUUCCAGUGAGACAAACAUCUCACUGGCCAGAAACAGAAAAAAUGAAAACAAAUCCAACAGCUUGGAGAAGAUAGAGAAGAAGGUCCAGGCAUUGAACACUAUCAACCAGAGCAAAAGGACACCUCCUAUUCCCAGUAAACCACCUGGUGGCUUCUCCAAAACAUCUGGGCCUGUCAAACUGCGAAAUGGCAUUAGGCAGCUAGCAGUAAGACCGCAAUCUGUGUUUGUCUCCCCACCGGCUAAGGAUAAUAAUUUGCCCUGUUCUCUCCGACGGAAUGAGUCUCUUACUGCCACAGACCACCUAAGGGCAGUACGACGCAAUUCUUCCUUCAGCACUACUCAGUCCCAGAUAAGUGAUUCAAAGAUAAAACAUACUGAUCGACUAGGCUCUGAGGGUUGUGACAGUACCACUUACCUACCAGCUGAGCGCAAUGGAAUUCCGGUUUCCACAGUCCGGCCUAAACCCAUUGAAAAAUCCCAAUUCAUCCACAACAACCUUAAGGAUAUAUAUGUGUCCAUUGCAGAUUAUGAGGGUGAUGAAGAAACUGCUGGAUUUCCAGAAGGUGUCUGCAUGGAGGUACUGGAAAGGAACCCCAAUGGCUGGUGGUACUGUCAGAUCAUGGAUGGAGGGAAACCUUUUAAAGGUUGGGUACCCUCGAAUUAUUUGGAGAAAAAGAAUUAAUUCCAAUAUCUUCAAAUACCCUAAUUUAUACUUUUCUACUAAGUACAUAUGAGGAAGAAUGGGGAAGUUUAGGUGUUUCCUUUUGUUCUGUCAUGGAUACAAGUGACUGUUGAAGUGAACUUUGCUAUGACCAGCAAGUCUGCCAUUGUUGGAAGGAAGUGGCUCAUUCAAGAAAAUAUCAAGAAAAGUCAGCUGAAAAUGGUAUCCCUGAGCUUGUAUUGCUGUUGGUUUUGGUGAAGCCUUUCACAAUUUGAGUGCAAAAGGGUACAUUAUACCAUCAUCCUGGUUGUAAUAAUAGGAAACCAAAUCUGUGCCUUUCACAAUAUUGUUUGGACCCAUGCACAGCUUGGGAAUGGUCAGGAGUUUGAUGCCAAACUGGACAUGUGUAAACAUGUAUAUCAGCUUGUUCAUUUCUUCCACGUGGAGUGUGUAUAAUUUUUCCAAGCUGUGGAUGACUUUCCUCCCAAGGCAUCUUUCAAGUAUGUAAAACAAGUGGAGAACCUUCUGUGAGGAAUCCAGCACCAGCUCCCCAGCUAUUGCAUUUUUCCCAAUUGUUUGAAGACUCAGGAGCCUUUUCACUGUGCAUUGUUGGUUUCAGACUCCAUACCCCCAUUGCUCCAUUUUCCCCCAAUGGCUUCCUUCAUGUUUUUUCUCCUGUAAUUUUCUCUGUGUGUCAACAGUUUCAGGAAGGGGGUCAUUUUAAAGAGAAAAAUAUAAUUUGAAUUUGAAGUGUAAACAAACUUGAUACAGCUCCUAGUUGUAAACACACUACAAAUGAUGUGUUACACACAUGUGCACACUGCUUGGUCUCUCGUGCUUUACAUAGGCCUUCUAAAAGUUUUUGUCACACAGUCCUGCUAUUCAAAGACCCAUGUUUGGACUGUGAAGUUGCAGUUUUUCAUCUUUGCUCAAGGAACAUUGGUUGCCAGUAGCUGAGAAGAGGAAGCCACUGUUACAUGAACUGUUCCAUUUUUUUUCCCCGGAUCAUGGCCCAUCAGGAUUUGGCUGCCUGGCCAGCUGGAAGGAAAGUGCUUUUUCAUACAGUUUUAUCCUUCUCUUCCUCUUUAGCUCUGCCUUUGGCUUGGUGCAGAGCAUUAGUGUGUUCUGCCUGGCCUGUUUCCAUCAGAGCUGUAAAGGUAAUGUUAUGGAAGGGUCCUUUUCCCAUCCCAAAGUCUCACAGGACUUCCAGUUCUUGUGUCCAUGCGGAUGACAGCUCCACUUGGGAGACCAACUCCAUGCUCCUUGUUCCACAGCACCAGUGGCCUCUUUGUGUACAUCUGUGUAGAUGUAGAUUGUGAUCGCCCCACAUGCCCAUUAUCUGAAAGCAAGGGCCAGUUCAGAAAACCAGAAUGUCUUUGUACAAUGGAUCCUGGCAAUCAGGAUGCAUUACACAGAAGGGCAAAAAGUAAAAGAUUUAAGAAAUGAUAGUUACUUCCAGGUAAUUGGCUAUUGUUUGCAGGCAUUUGCCAUUCCUUCUUGUGAAGUGUUCCCAGGGAUUGGACUUCCAUUUUGUGUACAAAGAAGCAUGGAAGAUCCACAUUUGUAAGGAGAGUCAUGGGUCCUUGAAACCUCUAUACCUAAUUGCCCAAUUUGCCUUCUCCUUCAAGUCUAUGUGAAGAUUGUGUACACAGAUUUCCCCCCAAACACUACAUUAAGAGAGGGCAAUGGCUCAUGUGCAUCUCCAUCCAGUGCACGUGUCCUUACAUUUUAAUGAUGGGAAGAAUGACAGUGUUGAAGCUGCAUAUGUAGCUCACAUUGACCACAUGGUUUGGGAAAAGGCAAAUGUGUUUAGUGGAAAGAGCCCAAGUAUUCUUUAUUUAAAUGUCAUUUCCAAACAGUAUCCAGUCUCAUGUAGUAGAGAUGCAUCAGUGUUUACAAAGUUGAACGGGAGAGAGAAAAAGCCAUGGAUUUUACUAUCUACGAAAAUCUUUUUAGUUUGUAUAUGGAGUAGGGAGGGUGAUUUUUCUUUUGUGAACAACUAUGUUCUCAACAGGUAGUUUUUUUCCCCUUUUAAGAGCACGUAGAAAAUCACUCUUCUGUUGUUGUUCCCACUUGAACAUGACUUUUGUAUUGGGGGAGAAACACUUGAACUUUUCAGACUCAAGGGGCAAAUGAGUGAGAGCACCAUUGGGCUGAGGAUGUUACUAUGCAGAAAGCACAGGCUCACUUCUGUGUGCUCUUUUCCUCCCUCGGUUUUCCCCUCAUUAUUUAUGAUUCUAAGAGUUUUUUAAAAUAUAGCAUUUGGUGGAAGAGCAUGAAAACUAAGAAAACCACUGCGGGGAAAGGAAUAGAGUACAGAGCGAAUUUAUUUUUGAUGUGGCCUCAUACACCAGCCUUUAAAUAAACUUUAUAAUGGUUAAAGAACCACCGGAAGGCCUUUCCUUAAGAACAUUGAAGAUCAGGUGAGUUUAUCAUUAUCUCGAGGCUUAGCAUUUUAUAUGUGAGAAGAAGAAAACCAGUUGGUUUCGCUACGAAAUGUUUACAUAAAGUAAUACAUAAGUAACCCAUACAUUUUUUAGCAGGACUUUCAGCCUGCUAUGAAUUGGAAGAUCAAAGAACAGGAAGAUUUUAAAGAACUCAUAUUUUUAAUAGGAAUCUUCCAAAGCAUUGGAAAUGUAUGGUAUUAUCAAAUUUGUGUCUUCCUGAAAAAAUUAUAUAAUUCUCACUUGAUUCUUGUCUCUUACUAUUAAUUUUUAACUGUGUGUUGCAUACAUUCAAUUUCAAUGAUAAAUGGCAAUGGAUUAUAUCCAAAGCUCACGGGACUUUUCACUUCAUCCAAUAAAACAUUAAAAUACGUGACUCUCCCCAAUUCUCCAUCCUAUGACUGUGGGGAAAUCCGCAAGGGAGAAAGGAAUGACUCUGGGGAAGGGAGGCUGAAAAGAGCCCAUGGGAUGCCUCUACAAAUCCAUGAGGAGAAGAGAGCGCUCUACCGUGCAAAUGAGAACAGUGUGGAUUUUGUUGGGAGCUCUUCUUUCUAGCGGUUCCAGGUCACACGAUUUUUUAAAAAAGUUCUGCUAAAACAUGAGCAGCUAUUUACAGGACAGCCGGAGUAGCUGUCAGAUUUUAAUAGAAGUAUUAUGUUCUUCUGCUGGACAGUAUUAAAUAGAGCAAAACCAUAAAGUAAUCUGCUAGAUUGCAGUACUAAUAGUAGUGAUUUAGUAACUUGUAUUAAUGUUUAUGAUUUAUUUUUUUAACAAUAAUGAUGAAGAAGUGGUUCAUUAUUUUUUAAUUAAUGCACUUUAACAAUUUUCAACCAAGAUGCAGAAAAAACAAGUGCAUUAUUUAAAGAUGCAGUAUAAAUUGUCAUUUUUUAAAAAUCACCUAUUUAUUAACGUAAUUUAUGAUUAUUUAAAAAAUUGUACUAUACAGUUUUCUUCUAAAGAUGCCAUCAUCUCUUGGGAAAGCUAAAAGUGCUGCCUCCCAACCUUUCUGCAUUGAGCCAAUGGAUUCUCAAAAUAAGGUUGAUUCAGUUAGCAAAAGUCAUAUUCCUGUCAAAGAAAAGGGACAAAUAUUUCCAAGCAGCAAAUUGGUUAGUAAUGUUCCUGGGCAGACAGAGCCCUGAAAAAUUGUCGGAGAACCUGAUCCAAAUUUUGGGUCAUAGUUUAAUACUCAUUACCCAAAUACAAUUUAAUAUCCUUCUGCAUUCGGCUGGGAUGUCAGUGUUGUAUUCUGGUGUCAUUCAGGCUAUUCACCAUUUAAAGGAAGUCAUUAUACCCUAAAUUUUGUUAAGAGUCCUUUAAAAAUGUAUUUUGUGCCACGUCUGAAAAAUAUGGCUUAUCCUUUGUUCUUUCAGUACAGUUUUCUUCCAUGUUUUCCACUUUGCCAGUACUAGUAACUGUACAAUUCCAAAAUUAGUAUUUACAAAGCAGUGAAGAUGCCUAUAAAGGCAGACUUCUUUCUGAUAUCUCUUUAUUAUGAGUCUGAUCACCCAUCGGUAUUAUUUCAAAUUAUCAUAAUGCCCACAGAGGCACCCAAGGAGCUGGUUCCAUAGUGUAUUUAAAAAUGCAAUGUUUCAGUGAAUGGCAAACUUCUAAAGUGAUCUCUCUUAAAUUUGCAUUCACCUGCUAUUCAUAAUCUUGCUCCUUAUUUUAAAAAAUGCACACAGGUAUCUCAAGUAGGCCCAGUACUUGGUAAGCUGAGCAUUGAUUGCAUGGUGUUUGAAAGUAACAGUCAAGUCCAGG